AUGCGUUGCUACGGUGCGAGAGGCGGUACCACGUUUGCCAAAAAGAGCGGCGGUGCCACACUCAAACGAGAUGCGUUGCUACGACCGAACGAGAGGCGGUACCACGCUCAAACUAGAGGCGGUGGUACUCCCAAACGAACGGCAGUCUCACGCUUAAACGGGCGACGGUGCCACACUCAAACGAGAUGCGUUGCUACACCCGAACGAACGUCAGUGCCACGCUUAAACGAGUGUCGGAGCCACACUCAAACAAGCUGCGUUGGUACGACCGAACGUGCGGCGGUACUGCGCUCAAAGAAACGGCGGUGCCACAUUCAAACGAGAGGCGGUGCCACGCUUAAAAGAGCGGCGGUGCCACGAAGCCUUCGUGCGAUAACGACUGAAAAGCCGUCGUCAAUGUCGCUAGGUUUAGCAACGGUUGUCGGGGACGCUGGCGCUCGUCGGCGCCACUCCUACGGCUUUUUUCACUUCUGA